GAGAAUAUCCGCAUGCUGAAGCAGGAGGCCAAGAGGAACACCGUCGGCUUCGCCUCCGGGGGGAUGCCGGCAAGGAUGAUCGGGACCAAGCCGAACGACAUUGCCAGCUACAAGAGCCGCUUCGAGACUAUGGGCCUGGACAAGGGCGCAGGCUCCCUGGCCACGUCGGACUCGAGGCGGGGAUCGAUCUGCGAGGCCGCCCAGGCCUUCGCGCUGAAGGCCCAGAGGCUCGGCGAGAAGGCGGGUUUCGGGGGCUCGCGGGUGCCGCUGGUGGCCGACCCUGGCAGGACGAUCGAGCAGAUGAUGGAUAAGUUCGUGAACAGCAAGCUGGUGAAGGACCAGCAGGCGAAGGACGCGCGGGAGCAGGCGAAGGCCGCCAAGCUGCAGGCCAAGGAGGGAAAGAAGGUCAAGAAGAAGACGAAGAAGGAUAAGAAGAAAAAAGACAAGAAGAAAAAAAAGGACAAGAAGACACCGAAGAAAAAGAAGAAGGCAAAGAAAAGCAAAGGCAAAGAAAAAAAGAGAAAGAAGAAAGACUCAUGCUCUUCAUCCAGUUCUUCGUCCUCGCAGUCAGAAUCUUCCUCGGGCGAGUCGUCGUCAGCUGAUGGAGCUUCGGAUGACAAGGCCAAGGCAAAUGAAGAGCCUGCCCAAGCGAGUUGUCAUGGCGCAGCAGCUUGCAACAGCGAUGACGGUGGGCAGAGCAACCGGGGAUCCAGCGAGAGGAGAAGUGAGGAGUGCACCCCAGGAGUGCACCCCAGAAGAAACGAGGAGUCCACCUCCGCGAGAAGUGUGGAGAAAGAGAAAAGGAGAAGAGUCGACGAUUGA